AUGUCUCGCUCAGAAUAUCAUGCUUGGGCAAUAAAAGCGAAUAGAGACCGUCAUACCCUGCCGAGUUUGGAUCUUCUCAUCCCGACUGACCCGACCAAGCAACCUGUUUGCAAAUCCAACGUCAGAGCCGUGCAGCAAAAGUAUAUUGCGCUCCCUUCAGAACUCAUGUUUGAGAUAUUGAAUCAUUUACUUGAUGCGGACGAACAAGGUUCUCUAUACAAUGCUACACUCGUCAGUCGGCAUUGGAUGAACUGCGCAACUCCUCUACUAUUCCGACACCCAAAGAUUCACAGCACCUACCGAUGGGCAACUUUUUUGCUGACUUUGAUGCGGCCGAAUCAGCAAUAUGCAUUUGGCGAAUUUGUUCGUUCCAUCAAUUUAUCAUCAUCCUAUGAAUUUCCAGAAAAUACCGACACUACAAAUACUAAUUCAUCAGAUGGCGGUGAUCUGAUUGAUGCAUUAGAAAAUAUGGCAGAUCGAUGGGCCAAUGUCGAAACUACCAAUAUUUCCAACUCCAAAAUCACCCCAACCAUUACAUUAUCAACAUCGUCUUUCUUGCAAGUUGCCAGCUGUUGUCCGAAUUUGACGUUCUUAGAUCUGUCCAACACUGCAUUAUUUUGUGACUCUUUGAUUUUGGAGACUGGAGAAUAUGUUUCGUCCAUACAAACGUUUGCAUUGCAACCUGGACUUACUCAUGUACGGAUCGAGCUAGACCAAGCCAUUCGAGCCAUCGGUACCCAGUGUCCGGCGUUACGACAUGUCAAUAUGCAAGCAUGUGACUGGGUUACGGCCAAGGUGAUCUGGUGCUGGGUAACCAAUUGCCCAAAGCUUCAAAAAUUGGAUGCAAGACGAUGCUUGAGAUGCGGAAUCGAGCGCUUGACGAAUGCCUCCUUGGAUAUGACCAACGGUGAUGGAAGUAGAGAUCAACAAUCCGUGGUCGCCAAAGCCACUACUAUCCAAGAACCUUGGACGCAAACCGCCAAUCUUGUUGACCAUGAAGACAGUUUGUGGAUUAAUUCGCAGAUCGCAGAGUACAGUGUACCACGACCUAGCGUAUUUGCAAGAGAUCGACGGCCAUCUGCUGCAUUAGACAAUUCAGGUGCAUACAAUCCAAAUCCACUGUUGCCUCAACCAUCCGUCCCUAUCACACUACGAUCCCUGGUGUAUGACAUACUCAAGGAAGCAAAGGAAUCCGGUAUCACUGAUGUCAACUGGCUUCAUGAUGAUUAA